AUGAGGCACGACGCGUACGCGUCCAUCGCGCAUCUUGCGCUGAAUGUGACGCCACCGCGCACGCAGUGGAUGAACAUGGGCCUGUGGACGCAGCAGGACGCGUCGUUUCCCGACGCAUGCCAAGCGCUGGCCGAGUUUCUACACCAAGCCGCCCACAUCCCGCCAGGUGCGCGCAUCCUCGACGUAGGACACGGAUGUGGUGACUCGCUGCUUCUCUUGGCAGAGACGUACAAGCCUGCCUGUUUGCACGGCGUCACCUUUGAAGCCGCACAAGCACAGCAGGCACGCCAGCGUCUGGGCGAGCGCGCCACGAUAUGGUGUGCGGAUGCCGUGGCGUGGCUGAAGAACAGCGUCGACACAUACGAUACCGUACUGGCCUUGGACUGUGCGUACCAUUUCAGCGACCGAGCCGACUUUGUCCGCACAGUUUCCCAGCGCCUGGCGCCCGGCGGCACGCUGGCGCUGGUCGACCUCGUCGGGGCGUGGCCAUACCCCGCGUGGCUGACACCCGCUCCGAGCGUUCCCGCUCCCAGCCGACCCCCGACGGUGUGGGAACGCGUGCAGCACUACGUGAUCUGCAGGCUAUCUCGAACGAAUCCGCACGCCUUUCUUUCGUUCGAUGCGUAUCGCGCCCUGCUGCACGAGGCGCACUUGGACGUCGUGGACGUGCAAGAUAUAUCGCAUGACGUGUUUCCCGGCUUGGCUGCGUUUCUCCGGGGCCUCGGCGUGCAUGACCGCGCGUGGCGUGGCGGCAGCGUCUGGCAGCGGUGCGCACUCCGUGCGUUUGGGUCGGUCGUGCACAAGUGGGCGCACGGUGGUGAUUCGGGCCGUGUGCGAUGCAGCCUGUGGGUCGCACGAAAGGCUCAGGCGCAAUACGCAUGA